CCGCAGUGAAUGAACGGAAACUUGCAACUGAAACUGUAACUCCACUUCGAAGUUAUAUCAAUGUGUAUUAUCUCAUGCUUCAAGUUGAUAAGGAUGAGUGGAUAAAGAAGAAUAGAUUAUUUUAUCUCUUUCUGUAUGUUCUAAAUAGUGAAAACUUUGACAAAGGAGCUCGUGGGCGAACCACUCGGAGUUGCUCGCAUUCUUACCGGUGGUUAGGUGGUACAUGUAUACCUGUACAGCAAGUCGAGCGCACAACGGGCAGAGAUCACGCCACACUGCACUGCUUGGAAUCUCCUGCCUGCGAGAGCUAGAAGUUACCAUUUUAAUUUAAUCAAAGAGCUGAGUGAAGAAAGUUUAUAUAUUUUAUGGCAAUUUUAGUAAAAUGUUCUUAUUCUUUUUUUAAUGUAAACGUGACGCUGUGAGUUUAGCAAGAUUAAGUUUGCCUGUACAAGGUGUGCGUCUAAAUUCACACUGCAUGUACUCUCAUCCAAGGAGUCGUUUUUCAGAAGUGUGUACGCUAUCGUCACUCGUGGAACUCGUAAGGUCGUCGAUCAAUUCAAUGCAUGUUUGUUAUACAAGAAAUCGUGAAUUCUCUUCAUAAUUCUACGAGUUUCUUUUGCAUGAAGUCGCAUCUUUUCAACGACAUACCGAAGUGUCUGCUUUCGAAUUUGCUUGACUUAGAACAAAGUCUGAUUUCUCCUGCUUUCAUCCAGCUACCCGAAAGAGUUGUAACAUUUUUAGCCUCACCUUAAAUUUGGACAUCUAUUUCUUUAGCCAUUGCUGUGAUUUAUAAAGACAUAGAAAGAUCAGAGCUGUCGGUUUGGAUUCUAAGCCACCUUGAAGUUUUAUUUUGGACAAAUAUAUUUGAAGUCGAAGAAACAGAAAAUGGCAACAUCGUCGAUAGCCGUUGUUGUAAUCCUCUUCGUGGUCGUAUGCCAACUCGGGACAGUUCACUCAUCAGGAGCCACCAUUAUUAAAAGCCCUGGUGGAUGGUCAUCCGUGGAAGGGUCAAAUUUCACUCUUGGAUGCUGGGUAAGCCUCACAAAUAACAACAUGAAUGCCGACACCGUAUGCCGAACCAGAAUCCGAUUCACGAAGAACUCGACGAGCAUUGCCGAAGGCCCGAGGCACAUCCGUUCGGGUUCUACUCGGGAUGUAAAUACCAACCGUAUCAACUGCACCAUGACGAUAUUUCGGCUACGUUUGGAAGACUCCGGGUUGUACGGGUGCUGCUGGCCUGACGUCGCGGGGAUGUGUUCCCGUCAUCCGACCAAGAUGCUUACAGUCAUGCCAGCUUUAACUGGAGCUCCGACCACUACUCCAGAGUCACCGACUACAUCAUUAGACAGGCUGCUGACAGGGAGUAGAGCACCCAGUGAACACAACGAAGUAGUCUACCGAACAAUCUCAAUGAGGAGCAGUACAGCAUCAUCAGGAGGAGAAAAUGAAGCCUACAAUCAGAAAUCGAGAUCCUCUAUUCAUAAGACAAUCUGGCCGCUUCUUCUUGUGAUAGCAGUUCUUGUGAUCCUCAUCGUACUUGGCAAGCGAUACGUGAAGAGGAAAUCGUCCGACGGACACUCAUCAGUUACGUCCAGAGACCCGGAGAGUCCGGACCAUGUAUCAACGGUCCUCGACCACAGUUUUACAUACGAUACAGACAGUGGGGUUGCUACCACCACUACCACAACCACCACAACAGUGCUCAAUCGAUUACAGGAUGAAGAUUCGCAGAGAUGAUCUCGAAGUUUACAUAUUUGAGGAGUUGACACCUAUUGAAGUAAAGACUAGUAAAAGACUAGAGACUGAAAACAAUGAAAUAUAAUCCUAAGCUUCAAGCUGAAACCUUGUGCAAGAUGGUUUAGAUUGUUUGUAGAAAAAGUGGGAUGUAUUGAUUGAAAGGCUAACGAGAGACUGAAAAGAGACAUGAAUUAAAUCUCGUCCGUUUGAAGUCGUUUGACCCCGUUUGACCUUUUAUUCGGUUCAAAGGUUAUUGGCAUGCCUAUAUAAUGAACACUAAAGAUGUGCCAAUAGUCACAAUGGUGGUGCUGUCCGUGCAAGAGUGAAGAAAUGCAAAGAAAAUGUAGGCCUAAUGAGACUGAAUGUGCUGAUUUCUUCACUGUUUUCAAAAUUGUAUUUUUAAAUAAUUAUAUAGCAUUAACAAUUAGCAAACAUUUAUCGAACUUGAGAAAAAUGAGUGAAUAUACAUGAGUAGGCCUACUAAGAGUGAUUCAACACUACGAAGAUCUCACUUUACAUAUUGAUGGCAGGUCAAGUCACCAACAUGCAUAAGAGAGAGAGAGAGAGAGAGAGAGAGAGAGAGAGA